CUUAUAAUAUAAUUAUGUAGAUUAGACCUCAAGAUUAAAAUUUGCAUUUCGACUAAGUUGGUAUUAUGCAGAAUGAAAAUCAGAUGUUGCAAUAAUAACAGGUAAAUACAUAACUCAAUUUAAUUUUAAGAGAGCGGAAUACAAAUUAUCAGUUGAGGAAGCCAUAGCUACACUACCUCCAAUUCCAGAUGAAAUCAAGUUCAACCACGAUUUUAGAUUUUUGGAUAAAUGUUAUGAAAAAUAGGAGGAGUCUAUAUUUAAUAUAGAAUCAAUAGGAGAACUAAGAUUAGGAGGGCAUAUUGAAACCACAUGUAAAAAUGGAAAAAGCCGACCAUGCAGUUGUAAGGAUUGUUUAUAGUGUUGUAAUAAAAUUCCUUGUUGUACUUGUCAAUGUUGCAGCUGCUGUAAUGAGUUUGAAGCAAUGCAUUAUUACUUAAUUCCUUGUUAUAUUCUUCAAAAUGAUAAGCUAAGAUUUGAAAAUUAUGACUCAUUUUCAAAAUUAUAUAUUCAAGACACAUUGAUUCUUGAAUUUAUUCAUUCACAUAGAAAUUGGGCUGAUUCUUAUUGUGGUAGCUGUAAAUCAAAUUACCCUCAUAUAUAUUUUACAAAUCCUAUUCAUGAAAAAAAUAAAAAAAUUCUAUUUGAACCUUUAGGUAAUAAAUGUCCAAAAAAUACAAAGUCUGCUAUAGGUUGUUGUUGUAUAUGUUCUUGGUGUGGAAUUAAUCAGUUAGAAAGAAAUAUAGUGGCAAAAGUUGAAGAUUAUGGAUCUGCUAAAAUAAUUGCAAGAAGAUCAUAUAAAAAUGCUUGUCUUUCUUAAUGUGAUUGUUAAGAUUAUUGUUGUCAUUUUAUUGAUUAUCCAGAUUUUGAGAUGAAAUUUUAAAAUUUAUCUAAUCUAGAUAAAUUAGGUUUAAUAAUGGCUACGAUAAGUUAUACAAUAUAUAAUAGAUGGGCAAAGUAUUCUUACAGAGGAUUAUUUGGUUUGAAUACAUCAUAUAUUAAUUUUUGA